AUGAAAAUAAUCUAAAUACUAUCUUAUGCACUAGCGUUUAUAAUUUAGGUGUAAAGUUAGUCUUGCCCAGAUAAACAAUGCACAGAUCCUGGCUAAAAAACAUGCAAAGAUCCAAAAUAUUAUUAAUGCAUUGAUACAAAGAGUGAUUGUUAAAAUUAUAGUACAAAAACAUAUAAUGGGAGAAGAACAGAUAAUUAUUAAUGUCUUGAAGUUAAUUCAACUUAAUCAGAUACUUAAGUUUAAUGUUGGAAUUCUACUUCCCAGCAGAUUUGUAUAACAAAUACAUAAAAUCAGUGCAUCGAUUUCUAAUAUGAGAUGGAUCCUAAAAGUAAUUAUGUUGGACUUUUAAAUAAUACUUAGAGAGCUUAAAGUUUAUAUAAAUGUGCAUAACCUAAUACUGAAGUAUAAUAAGAAGGUGAAUUGAUUAAACUAAAACCUCCAUACUGUUUAGAUCUUUCAUCAAAGAAAAUAGUAAGUUUAGACUAAGGUGGGUUUGUUGGAAUUGACUCUAAAACAUUUAAUUGCUUAUAAAAGAAUUAAACAUCUAAUAAUACAAUAUCUUUCUGUUCAAAAGGCUAUUGUAUUUUUAACAAUACAUGCACUCCACUGUCAUAAUAUUUACCAGCUAAAUUAAUAAAUUUUGCUUGUGCCCAAAUAGAAACAGCCCCUUCUAUAGAGUGCUUUUCAGAUUUAACGCUUCAAAAAAAAUAUCUCUGCUUAGACUUAGUAAGUAAUGUGUGUACUAACAUAGUAGAUUUAUCAAGAUAUGCAGUGGGUAUUUAACCUAAUGGUACGUGUGUCUAGUCUAAUGUAACUUACUCGGAAAUUUCUUUUUGCUCAGAUUAAAGCUGUAUAUAUAAAAAUGGGACACAACUCUCUUGCAUUCCUUUUAAUGAUACUUAUAUUGGAAUUGAUAAAUAGCAGCUAUGUUUGUAGAGGGGAAAUAGUACUGCAGUUAGGUGUAAAAAAUACAAAUUCUGCAUAGAAUAAAAGAAUUUUACAUGUGUGGACCUAUCAACUGACUAUCCUUUUGAUAGGAUUGCAAGGGAAACAAAUACUACUAACUGCCUAAAAUUAGAUAAUAUUAAUGGAUAAAAUAUCGAAAUGUGUGCUAAUGGAUAUUGCUUAUAUUCAGAAACCAAACAGCUUAAAUCAGAUUUUUGUAUUCCUUAUGGAGGGUCUUUUAAGACUUUUGGCCCUUUUAUAGGAGUAGAAUCAGUAACAGAAAGGUGUCUACUUGAAAAAGAUGAAGUCGAUAGUAUUUUACUUUGCUUCAGUCUAAAUUAUUGUAUUCUGAAUAAUAAUAAUGGUAAAUAGAUUUGCCAAAAAUUAUUUUAUCCUUUCUCAUAUGAUAAAAUUGAUGAAACCAAGUAUAAUUAUGCAGCUAAAAACUCCACAGGCUAUUGCUAAUAUAUUAAUUAAGCUAAUUCUGUAAGUUGUGCAGGCCCUUAGCUUUGUCUUUAAGGAGAUAAAUGUAUUUCUUUAAACGAUAAUGCUAACUAAAACAGUAAGUAUGUAGGUAGAGAAGCGAGCAGCUAAACUUGUAUUGGAAGCAAAGCAUAUUUUGCAAUGUAUUGUAAACUAAAUUAUUGCUUAAUUAAUAACAAAUGUUUUGAGCUAGAUUCUCGCUACGUAGGAAGAGAGUAUGAAUCUUCAAAAUGCUUAUUCGAUAGUCAAAAAACCAACAAACAAAUUAUUUAAUGCAUUCAUGGGUACUGUAUAUAACAACCUACGCCUUAAUAAUAUUCUUGUGUAUAACUUGAUUAUGAUCCUGCAAAAAAAUCCGUAGGUUAAAAUAGUCUAAGUCAGUGUUUAGAUGUGGGAUAGACUGUAGCCGUAAGUUGUUUUAAAGGACAAACCUGCUUAUAUGCAAAUGCUUGUUAAAUAGUAGAUCCUUUAUCUAAUUACAAAUGUUCAGCAAGUGAUGGAACUUGCCUUUCCUCUAUAAAUAACUGCAGUCUUUGCAAUUAUUAAUAAUGUCUUAAACCUAAUGAUUAUAAAACCUGUGUUUUUUUAGAUACUAAUUGCUAAGACACAUAAGGGAGAUGCGCUGAUACAAAUUCUGGAUAGUGCAGUGUGUGCCCUUAAAAGACCUGUCUCGUCAAUGGAAAAUGCAUAGCUUUUAAAGAUAUGAAAAUGAAAGAAAACGAAUGUUUAAAACAAAUUAGACCAGAUAGACCAUGUGUUUUUAUUGAUAUGAAUGUGUUUGGUGAUGACAAUGAACAAUAAUGUGCUAACUUCGAAAAUGUUUGUGUUUUAUAAAGUUAAGCUAAUCCUUAAUUUUAAUGCCUGAGAUGCCCUAAAAACUUAUUAAAUUUAGGAGACAACAGAUGCUUGAGUUUUUAGCAAAGAGAUGAUAGCUAAAAAUAAAAUAUGAAUACAAUCUUUCAAUUAAAUUUAAUUUAUGUCAACGAGGAUACUUGCAAAGGAGUAAUUUGUAGUGAAUAGUUAAUAAAAAAAUGUCCUCCAGGUUGUUACUCCUGCAAAGAUUUGAACUAUUGCACUUAAUGCAUAGAAGGAUAUUUUCUAUUUAAAAAAUCUGAAUAAAGUGUGUAAUGUAUCUAAUGUGAUUAUAACUAUAUUCCUAUUAAUUAAUAUCCUGACACUUAUAGACUUCCAUUUGGUACAAAUUAAAUCACUUAAAAAUGUCUUGAUUGUAGUCUUGAAACAGGAUCUUGGAAUAAUGCAUAAAUGUCUACUAAACUUUGUUAGCAAACAAUUGUGAAAUUUACAGUCUAGUCUUAAUAAAGUUUAAUUUUAAUAGAAAACUAACCUCCAUUCGCUAUGAGCUAUACAGUUAAUUAUAACAGCAAUCUUGAUAAAUAUUAAUAUCCGAAAUACUACCUAACUUUUUUAAAAUUAUGUGUAUAAGAUAACUGUACAUUUUGCUAAUUAUAAUGGAAAGACAAUUAAUAGACUUCAGUUUGCACAAAAUGCUUACAGGGAUAUUACUUAGAUUAAUCAGGUUAAUGUUAAGCUUGUAUUUAAGGAUGCACACAGUGUGAAUUAGGUUUUUUAAAUAGCAACGGAGUUAAAUAAUAUUAUUAUUAGAUUAGUUAACAACAAAGAUAGUAUUUAGGCUCAGUUAGUUUGACACCAAUAUGUUAAAUUUGUAAUUCUGCAUACAUAUUUUCAUAUGAUUUAACUAAAUGCGAUCCUUGUGGGAAGGGUUGUGCUUCUUGCUAAUAUGCAAAUGAAAAUGGUUAUUUUAAUAUUGGUGAAUCAAAUAAUGUCCAGUUAACAGAUGAUUAGUAUAAAAGCUUUGGUAUUUUUAAAUAAUGCUCUUCUUGCAUACUAAAUACAGAAACUCAAUAAGUAAAUGGAAGUGAUUGUGGAGAGUAGAUAUAAAAUUGUGCUGUUCAUUCCCUAAUUAAUUCAAAAACUAAUUAAAUCAAUUAAAUUUAUGAUUUAUCUUACUUCAAAGGUGGUUCUUCAACUGAUUCUUCUCUUAUAUGCUUAGCUUGCUAAUUCUAAUACAUUUUAUCAAGUAACAAAAAAGUUUGCCAAACAAAUUAUAACAUCAUAGAUGUUAAUUGCUUGUAGUUUGAAACUGACAAUGUUUCUUGUAAGUUAUGCAAAUAAUUUGCUCUUGAUAAAAAAAAUAAAGUUUGUGACACAAAUUAUUAAUGUAGUUAAGCAGUUGCUGGGUGUGAUAAAUGUGUAUAUGAAUAUUACUAAGAUUAAUAGUUAGGUUAAUUGAUGUAUUUUACAUGUCUUGAAUGUUCUAAAGAGAAUUACAUGAUUACUCUACUUGGAUGUGUUUAAUGUUUUGAAGGGUGCUCAAGAUGCUAUGAAAUGGGAUAUGAUUCUUAGAAACAAAAGUUUAAUAUAACUGCUCAUAUUAUGUAUGAAAAAUUUUAAUACGAUAUUGAUACAAGAUUAAACUAUAAAAGGAUAUUAAAUGCAAAGACUUUUUGUAGUGCAUGCCUUGAUGGUUAUUAUUUUGAUCCUAUUUAAAAAAUAUGUAUAGCAUUUCCAUGUGGUUAACUUUGCAAUACCUGUAUAUUUUAAAUUAAUAGAUUUUAUUGCUUAGAUUGUAAUUAAACAGCUGUCAUAUAAUAGAUUUCCUCAAUUUAGCUUUUUAUGGGAAACUUCUUUUUUGGAUAAAAUUACUUUAGCUCAUAAUUAUAAAUCAGUACUUUUACAUCAGACUAAAAAUCGUGCUAGUCCUGCCCAUUCUUAUGCGAAACAUGUGAUCAAACAAAUAAUUUAUUUUAAAAUGACUAUUCAAUAUACUAAACAAAAUGCUUUUCCUGUAAAACAAUGCAAUAAUUGUAGUUAGGUGGUUUAGCUUUUUAAAGUUAUUUUUAAGGUUAUGAAGUAAGGUUUGAUAAGCAAAGAUCUUAGUGUACUUUGUGUAAAAUAGAAGAUUAAUCUUGCUACUUUAAAAAAUAUACUAAAUUUUAUAUAAAAUGCGAAAAAAUCUCUUUGUUUGUUGGCGAAGGAACCAAAUAGAGUCCUUUUAAUUUGAAUAUGAUUUCAGAAAUAAAUAAUUUUGACAAUUUAAUUUUAGAUGAAAUGAAUUCUAAUUUAGCAUUUGUUGCUUUAAAUGAAAUAUCAUUAAAAUAGCUUGAUGUUGAUUUAGUAUUUCCUUCAGGAAUUUAAAAUUGCAUUCUUUUAAAACCAUUAGAAAUUAAAUCUAAUUUGAUGCAAAAAAUAAAAUCUUUGGAAGUGUUUCAUCUAAAUAUAACUUAUGAGUCAGAAAGCCUUCCAUUCCAUCAAAUAUUACCUACUAAAAUUUAAGGAUUUACAAAUGUCUCUAUUUCUAAUUUAACUAUUGAUUCAUAUUCACCUGAUUUUGAUUAGUUUAAGAUAGGAUUUCAGAUAACAUCACCCAAAUUAAAAUAAGUUUAUUUUAAUAAUAUAAAAUUCUAAAGAGGAUAUAAAGCGCCAUAAAAUGUUCUUUUAAUUUAAUUAAGCAAUCUGUUAAAUACAUUAAUCAUAAGAAAUACAACAUUCAGUAAUAUAUUUUAUAAUAAUUAUCAAGCUAUAAAAAUUGAUUAUCCUUAAGGUUUUUCUAACCCUGAUAUUUCAAUAAUAUUAGAUAAUGUCAACAUUUCUAACGUUACAUUUAAUUCUUCAAGUUUUAUCUAGGUAAACCAAAACAACACAUAGUUAAGUAUUAUAAAUAGUUAAGUUUAGUUUUGUGAAUUUGAUCACUCAAGCAACUUAUUUGAAUACCUAACAAAUAAUUAUUAGUUUAUUUAAAUGGUUACAAUUAAUAAUUUUAUACUUAACAAUAAUUUAUUUUAAAAAUAAUCAAAAGUAUUAUCAUGCAAUCAAUUCAUAGGUUCUAUAUUUUCAAACAUUUUAAUUACAAACAACACUAUGAUGUUUUAGGAUUAAAAUUAAGUUAUUUCGUUAUUUGAGCUGAACUGCCUUCAAGCCAAAUCUUUAUUUGUUUAAAACAAUAAAUUUACUCAGUAUGUCAUCUUUAAAGCACUAAGAAAAAAUAAAAAUGCUUCAAACUAAUUUCAUAUUACUAAUACAAUAUUUAAUGAUAAUACAAUAACAAGUAGUCAGUAUAUUUUUUUAAUUGAUAGUAAUCAGUUCAUUGAUUAAUUUAUUAUUUAAUCUAUUACAAUAAAUAAAAAUUAAAUAAUCGCAGUAGAUUCUUAAAGCUUUAAAAUAUGUUAAUUUAUAACUUUAUCAAAUAUCAACAAAUUAAUCUUACAAGAUGCAUAUUUAGCUAAUUAUGGUGAAGUACAGCUUUUAAAAGUUAUUUCUGCUAAUUAUCUUAAAUUAAAAUCAUUGAAAGGUGUUUAAAGUGAAGACAACAUGAAUAACUACUCAAUUAUUGAAAUUAAUAAUUUGCUUUAAUAAAUGAUUUUAAAAAAAAUUAGUUUGUAAAAUAUCGUUUACUAAAAAGCCAUUAUAGAGAUCUAUAUUAAAUAAAAACAACACGAUACAAUUUCUGAAAAGGUAUUAGUUAUGCAAGAUAUUUAAAUAAUAAAUUGUACUGCUUAUAUAACACAAUAAUAAUUUAACAUAGCUCCUAUUUUUAUUGGAUCUUAGAUUAAAGAAACUCUAUCUAUUAAUAAUUUUAUUGUUUAAGGAUCAAAAUUGCUUUAUGCCAUAAAAGCGAAUGAAACUCCAACUAAAAUAUCGACAUGUGCCUAUAUAGAAGCGUAGAUAGGAAAUAUAGAAGUAUUAGAUUCAAAGUUUUUAAACAACUUUUCUAUUAAGAAAAGUAAUUGCUUGAUGCUUUUUACCAAAUAAUUAAAAAUUAGUAACUCAAUCUUUAAAAAUGAUGAUUUCAAACUGGAUUCUUCAAAUACAACUGUAAAGGGAGGAUUUAUAUAUUCAUUAACUGAAAGAGUUGAUAUUAUGAAUUCUCAUUUCGAAGGCGGUAUAGCAUCAUAGGGUGGUGCAUUAUAUUUAGUUUUUUAGGUUUAAGGAUUCCUAAAUGUUUAGGGUUCUUCCUUUCUCAACAAUUUAAGUUUUAAUUAGUUUGAUAAUGAGAAUAAAGGUGGUGCUAUUUAUAUUGAUUCUUAACUUUGUGGAUUUUAAGGAGAAAUAUAGUCAUCCAGUUUUAUUUAAAACAUUGCCUAUUAUCAAGGAGGAGCUAUAUUUAUACAAAAUUCUUAAUCUAAAAAAGUUAUCAAAAUAUCGUAAUCAGAGUUUAUAAAUAAUUAUAGCAAGCUUGGCUCAGUUUUUUACUUUGAGUUUUAAAAAAAGCAUGCAAAUGUACUCUAACUGAUUGAUUCUUCAAUUAGCUAUAAUCCAAAAAAUUUUUAAUAAAACCUUUUAUAAAGAAAUAUUUUAAAAUACUUCUAAGAAUAAAGUUUCAACUUUUAAUAAUUUUUUAUUAACGGAUUUGUACAAGUAAACCUUUUUAAUAAUAAAUUUAUCAUGGAUGAGUAACCAUAUAGCUUCAUGUUAAGAACAAAUUAUGAUAUUCAAGCAUUUAUUUAAGCAUAAGAGAUUGAAAGAUUUAUAGAUUAAAAUAACUCAUAUCAAAACAUAGCCUAUCAAACAUCUUUAAUAAAACUUCUUUAAAUAGUUUACACUGAAAUUAUCAGCAGUUAAUUUUACAAAAUUGCCAGCUAAACAGCUGGUAACUUCAUAUAAAUAGAAUCAAAUUAUAUACAUAUUUUUGAUACUUAGUUUUAUAAAAAUCAUUGUCAAUCAUGCAAUAACGGUUUGCUUUAAAUCAGUAGUUAUUAUCUAAGUAUUAUGAAAAGUAAUUUUGAGUAGAAUUAGGUAAAAGAUAAAGGAGUAUUAUUCAUUCAUUAAAAUAUAAUUCCAAUUUAGAAUUAUGGCUCAAGAAUCUUGUCAUUCAUAUCAGAUUUAAAUUAUCUAUUUGAACUUUCAUAUCUCACAUUUAAGAGUAAUUAGUCAUAGAAAUCUGCAGGUGCUGUUUACAUAGAAAGUUCAAGCACAUAUUUUUUAAAUUGUAGUUUUGUAUAAAAUAUAGCUAGUGAAGGUAAUGGUGGAGCUAUAUAUUACAAAGGUGUAGAAUAAAAAACAAAUAUAAAGAUUAAAAAUAGCUUAUUUUAUAAUAAUUUAGCUUAGAUUGGAGGAGCAAUUUACUCAGAAAAUGGACAAGCUAUUUAAAAUAUAUAAUCUUAAAAUACAUUUAUUAGUAAUAUAGCUAAACGAUUUUCCUCCAAUACCUUUUAAUACCCUCAUCACAUGAUAGCAAUUUUAAAUGGAACAACAUUAAUGAAUAAAACAAUAAUACAUUCUAGUGGAAAAAUAAAUAAUGAACUUAGCAUAUAAUUAAUGACUCAAGAAAAUGAAUUUUUUAUGGAAUUUCAAUAAAAUAUCACUCUUAAUAUUGUGAUGAACGACACUAAAAGAGCUUAUCUAAACUAAUCCCAAAUAAUUUAAUAAAGCGGAAACUUUAAAUUAAAUAAUGUGAUUUUAUAUGGUGUAUUUGGAAUAACAGUGAAGCUUACUUUUUCGUCGAGUUUAAUAAAAUACCCAUUAUAUGAUACAUUUACAGGCGAAAUAACUUCUUACAGUUCUGAAUUUAAUAGCUUUGAUUUAAUCGUUAAAUUUGUUGAAGGCUGCGAAUUAGGAUAUUAACAUGUAAAAAUAUAAAGAUUUGAUUCUUGUUAAAGAUGCAGUGAUCCCUUUUAUAACACUUAUCCAGGCUAAAAAUGUAUUAAAUGCCCAAAUUAUGGAAUUUGUGAUGGAUCUAUGAUGUAUCUAAGAGAAGGAUACUGGAGAUAAAGUUUAAACUCUUCCUAGGUUUAUGAAUGCAACCCCACAGCACAAACUUGUUAAGGGGAUAUUGAUAUUUAUUAAAAAAAAACCAAAUAAAUAAGAAAUUAAUAAAUAAGAUAUUGUAAAAAAGGAUUUACUGGAUAUAUAUGCUCAGAUUGUGAUUUGUAUGGAAAAUUUUGGAAUAGCUCUUUUGUUCAAGAUGGUAAUUUAGGUUGUAUUGACUGCUCUUAAACAUAAAGUACAAUAUGGGUAUAUAUUCUAAUAGUCCUUGCUUAUUCGAUUUUAACUUUGUAUAUGGUAAAUAGCUAUUUAAGUUAGAUAGCUUCAAAUGUAUCUAUAAAAGUUCUUUAUCUCAUGAAAGUGUAUAUACCUAGAAAUACACAGUAAACAAGCUUUUAUAUUAAGCUUAUUACAUCUUAUUUGCAGAUAUUUAUGAUAGUCAGUGAUAUCAUAAAAGCACAGCUAUAAAAAUAUUAAGUUUUUAUAAGCCCUCUAUCCGAUCCUAAUAAAAAAGCUCUUUUUUCUUUGGAUUGCUCGUUAAUUGAUUUUUACAAAAGCUAGGAGCUAGAUUACAUCUUCGUUAAAGUGCUAUUAUCCUAAUUAACUAUUAUUGCUUACAUCAUCAUUUUCAUUUUAUUUUAUUUUAUUUAGAGACUAUUAACAAAAUAAAAAAUUUAUUUGAUAGAUAUUUUUUCUGGAAUUAAUUUCAUUUAUAUUGCAAAUUAACCUUCUGUUGUUUAACAAGUUAUUGGAAGUGCAAGUUGUGUUGGAAAAUAAGGAAUUGUUUUUGUAAGGACCUUCACUUCUAUCAGUUGUGAUGAGAAAUUUUACGAAUAGAGAAAUAAAAUCCUUUUCCCUAUUUUAAUUUUAUGGACUGUGUUUAUUCCUUUAUUUUUAUUAUAUUGCUUACGAAAAAUAAAGUACCACUUAAAUAAGGUCAUUAACUUGAAGCUUUUUGGUGUUUUUUACUUUGACUUUAAAGAGAAAUAUUAUUUUUGGGAAUUAAUUAAAAUAUCUUUAAAGUCAAUUAUUGUUAUAGUUAACAACACUUUUGUAGAUGAUUAAAAUCCCCUAAAGGCUUCAAUAGUUUGUGCUAUCCUACUAGUCUAUUCAAUAUCAAUAAAUUAGUAUAAACCUAACAUCAAUAAAAUAUUAAAUUACAUGGAGUAGCUAGUUUACAUUUUAUGCUCAAUUAGUAUUGGUUUAUGUGCUUAUCUAUCUGAAAGCUAAACUGUUUAAUAACAAUCUAGCUCGAACAUAGCUUUUUAUAUUCUCAUAAUUAUAAAUGUUUAUUCUGUUUGCAUUUUAAUAAAAAAUAUUAUUUAAAUAAUUCUAAAAGAAUAAAUAAUAAAUUUAGGAAGGCUUAUUGAUAAAAAAAUAUAAAAUUUACCUAAACUUAAAUACUAUCUAAAAAGAUUAGGGUAUUUCGAUAGAAAUAGGAUUUUAUAUCUAUGGAAAGUUUUAAGAAAAUCUAUUUAGUCAAUUAAUCUUUAUCAAGCAUCUAUUUAUCAUAAUAAUAUUGAACGUUAAAAUAUCAAUUUUUAUUACCAAAAAAGUAAAAAUUAUUAUAUAAAUUUCUCCUCAGCAAAAACAGCAAAAACAGUUGCUGUAUGA